AUGGGUUGUUGUGGCUGUAGAGGAAGCUGUACCACCUGCAACAGCUGUGGUGGCUGCGGCUGUGGCGGCUGUGGCGGCUGUGGCUGCGGCGGCUGCGGUGGCUGUGGCCGCUGUUGCUGUACCACCUGUACCUGCCGCCGUGUAGGCUGCUGCUCUGGCUGCUGCCCCUGCUGCUGUGGCUGCUGUGGAGGCUGCUGCAGCCCUACAGUGGUCUGCUGCCGCCGCACCUGCUGCUGUGGUGGUUGUGGCUGUGGCUGUGGUGGCUGUGGCUGUGGCUGUGGCUGUGGCUGUGGCAAGGGCUGUGGCUGUUGCAAGGGUUGCUGCCAACAGAAAUGCUGCUGCCAGCAGUGCUGCUGUAAGAAGCAAUGCUGCUGCUAGAAAGGAGUGAUCUGGGAAAGACUAUUUGGGACAUGCAAAGCAUGAAGGUAAGACUUUCCUCUCAACCUGUCUUCUUUAACCUGACGUGUAUGCAUCUGAGUCCUGCAACAUAUUAGUGGGUUGCACCUCCAUUCAGUGGACACUGUGCAUCUUUUUGAUUUCAUAGAAAUAUCACAUACAAAACAGCCAAGACAAGAGUCUAACCCAGCUUGUAUAUGUUGUUGAAAGCAGAAAAGAAAAGCAGGCAUAAGUUUACCUUUUCCUUCUUAUAACAUAUAUGCAUAUAUGCACAUAUGUGUAUAUGUAUAUGUAGAGAUGCACAUAUGUAUGAAUAAUGCUAUUGUCUAAAUAUGAAAAUUCUUUACCGAUGUUGGAAAGUUUGGUGCCUUCAGAUGCUAAUUUGUGCAUUUGUAUUAAUCUGUUUUUGCUAUACUUUUAAUGUUUUUUAUUAAUCCAUCUUCCUAUAAAUAUCUCAAUAAAAUCUGCUAAAUUCCAAACAAAA